GCUAUAUUCACUGUAAUAGUGGAUCAUAGGGGGUUCCCCAUAAGGAUGUCUGGUCGACUAUGCUAUAUAUAUAUGGCGACCUGAUCUAUGAAGUCUUCCUUCUCGUUUCCAUUGUCAUUCUAGAUAUUCAAUCUCUGAAAAAGAACUCUUAAAAACACACAAGAGAACCUACACUCAGGACAGCCAGGUGGAACCCAAACCAAACAAGCAAACAAAAUGAAGCUUUUCACUCUCGUCAUCAUAACGCUAACCACCAUGGCCGCCUCUGUCGCUUCGGGACCCGUCGACCCUAGGACCCAGUCUUUCGCUGAGCGACGCAACCCGCUUCUCCAGGAACGCCACAAUUUCUGUGGCCAGGCCUGCUGGGAAGACGCCGACUGUGAUGGAAAGUGUUCGACGUGUGACAUUAACAAGACUAUGCUCUGCGUUGAACCGAAGAAGAAAGAUAACAAGGCUGAACCGGGACUUGGAGAGUCAUAAGAUAAUCGAAGCGCACUCGAUAUGCCUUAGGGGUUGAAUGAAUCAUUCAGUCUGUUAUUGAUCCAGGGAGUAAUCAUUGUCAGUUUGCGAAAGUGGGAUAUGGCGUUUGGGAAAUUGAAUUAUUUAUAGGGUUGAAUUUAUGGAUUAUGGUAUGCUAUGGUGUCUGGUUCUUGUCAAAAGCUAUGCUUCAACGGGAUACCAGAAUGGAGCACAAUGAAUGAACUAGGAGAAAGGUACUGGUUCUGGUUCUGUAAAAGUACAGUAGUACCUUGCAGAAGGUAUAUGUAUACUCUUGUGGCUUGUAUCUCUGAGCCAGAUGGAAUGCAUCUAUUAAAC